UGCAGAGCUAAGGAAGAACAUUCUUGCUGUUGGUAGAGUGUGUUAAUUGAAAGCAUGUUGGCUACUAAGCUGUCCCGGCCUCUCCUGAGCUUCUCUGUGAAAGCCCUGAAUUUCAAGGACCCAGGGAAUGGCUUUAGGCCUGUGCAAAGAUUUUCCUUCCCUCUCUCGUCCCCCUGUGGCAGCCGCUCUUACACAAGUGAAGUUGAUCAGAUUGGCAGCAGAGCUGUGCUUAUAACAGGCUGUGACUCAGGAUUUGGAUUUGCCUUGGCCAAGCACCUGCAUAGCAAAGGUUUCAUUGUUUAUGCUGGCUGCCUGCAAAAGGACAAGGGAGAGGGUGGCUCCAAGGAGCUGGAUGACAUGAAGAGUGAUCGAAUGAGAACCGUUCAGCUCAACGUCUGUGACAGCAAAGAAGUGGACCGAGCAGUGGAGCACGUGAACAGCAGCCUGGAGGACCCAGAGAAAGGGCUCUGGGGGCUGGUUAACAAUGCUGGGAUCUCCACGUUCGGGGAAGUCGAGUUCACUAGCAUGGACACCUACAUGGAGGUGGCUGAGGUGAACCUGUGGGGGACUGUGCGAACCACCAAAGCUUUCCUGCCGCUCAUCCGGAGGUCAAAGGGUCGUGUGGUGAACAUCAGUAGCAUGAUGGGUCGGAUGGGCAGCCCUGCCCGGUCACCCUACUGCAUCACCAAGUUUGGCGUGGAAGCCUUCUCCGACUGCCUGCGGUACGAGAUGCAGCCCCAGGGAGUGAUGGUCAGCAUUGUGGAGCCAGGAAACUUCAUCGCUGGCACCAACCUCUACAGCCCCGAGCGCAUCAAAGCCAUCGCCGACAAAAUGUGGGACGAGCUGCCGGAGAUCGUGCGCAAGGACUAUGGCAGGAAGUACUUCGACGAGCAGGUCAGCAAGAUGGAGACGUACUGCAACAGCGGCUCGAAGGACACCUCGCCCGUCAUCGAGAGCGUGGCCCACGCGCUCACCGCCACCGCCCCCUACACCCGCUACCACCCCAUGGAUUACUACUGGUGGCUGCGCAUGCAGAUCAUGACGCACAUGCCCGCGGCCAUCGCAGAUCGGCUCUACGUCUACUGAGGCCUCACACUUAGGCUGCCCAGGUGGGAAACUUGUUUUAAAGAGAGCUUUGUACACACUUCCCAUUAGUCCUUUUGAAAAUUUUCUAACCUCAUUUCAGAGUACUGUAUUUUAGCUCUAAAGGGUUCAUUUAAAUAUCUGACAUAACCUAAAGGGCAGUAAUUUGCAAGGGAUGCAUCAUAGGCAGGAAUAUGUUAUGUUUGUGCAGGGACAUUGAUUCUUUGCUAUUUAUUUCAUGUAAUCCUUUCUUUUUUUUUUCAACCUCAAAUAUGAAGUUUUAAUCAUUAUUUAAACUGUAAUUGCUCUGAAGUGUUUUCAGAAUAAUUUCAGCUGAUGGCCGAACACAAUCUUCACAAUUCCUGCCUAAGAUGCAGCCUUCACACCAUAAAACAGAGUCCCUCCAUGCUGUAAUGGCAAACCACCGCUUCCUCAGGACAAAGAAUGUCCAACUGGCUUUUCCAGGCCUGGUCACAGUAGCCCAAGGCAGAGCAGAGACUUCUUUAAUUUGGGUAUCAGAACUCAAAAUGCUCAAGGUGCUGAAACUGAGCAACUGACCCUGUCCCUUUCUCUCUUAGAGCUAUACUGAUGAAGCAUUAGAGAAAAGGAACCAGUCUGCUUUUCUUGCAUGCUUUCUUGCAAAGGAGUUCAGUGAUCCAGGGAUUCAGCCCUGCAGACCUUUCCCACAGGAGUUUCUUACCCAUAUGAGCAUUCCCAUGAGUGUGAGCAGCUUUACGCACAG